AUGGCGAUUACGGAAGAAAUUCCCCUUCUUGAAGAAAACGUCAUGGACGCCGUUGACCACGCCGGACUUGCUGCCGGAAGAUCCAACACCGGUAGAUGGAAAGCUGCCUCGUUCAUAAUCGGUGUGGAGGUUGCAGAGAGAUUCGCUUACUAUGGGAUCGGAGCAAACCUGAUUAGCUACUUGACCGGACCACUUGGUCAAUCCACGGCGGUCGCAGCCGCUAAUGUCAAUGCUUGGUCGGGUAUUUCCUCUCUUCUUCCUGUUCUCGGAGCUUUUGUCGCCGACGCUUUUCUCGGUCGGUACCGUACAAUUCUUAUCGCUUCUCUUAUCUACGUAUUGGGACUGGCACUUUUGACUUUAUCAGCGUUUCUGGUUCCGAUCAGUAGGCCGACAUAUCAGAAUGCGGAAGUGAUGACCUCUUCACCUUCUCCCUUGCUCAAUGUGCUUUUCUUCUUCUCUUUGUAUCUGGUGGCUAUUGGACAAAGUGGACAUAAGCCUUGUGUUCAGGCUUUUGGGGCAGACCAGUUCGAUGAGAAAGACCCGAAAGAGAAACUUGACAGAAGCUCGUUCUUCAACUGGUGGUACCUUAGUAUGUCUGCAGGGAUAUGUUUGGCGAUUGUAGUUGUUGUGUACAUUCAAGAAGCCGUCAGCUGGGCACUCGGUUUUGGAAUCCCGUGUGUGUUCAUGGUGAUCUCUCUUGUUCUUUUUGUUCUUGGGAGAAGGAGUUACAGGUACGCUAAAAGUAGACAGGAAAAGGAGAUCAACCCCUUUACCAGGAUAGGUAGAGUCUUCUUAGUAGCAUUCAGGAACCGAAGAUUGAGAUCUUCGCAAUUGUGUCAAAUUCAGACUGAGCUGGAGGGAAAUCCAUCUCAAGGAUCUCCAGAGAGGUCUAGGUUUCUCAACAAAGCCUUGCUUGCUCCAAAUGCAUCUACUGAAGGGGGAAAUGAAUGCAGUAUUAGUGAUGUCGAAGAUGCCACCGCUCUUGUCAGGCUUAUUCCAAUUUGGCUUACAACUCUCGCCUACGCCAUGCCUUACGCGCAAUAUAUGACUUUCUUCUCAAAGCAAGGCACCACUAUGGAAAGAACAAUAGUUCCCGGAGUAACGAUCCCGGCUGCUUCUCUUCAGGUGAUUCUCGGUAUAUCAAUUGUGCUCUUUGUCCCCAUCUAUGAACGUGUUUUGGUCCCGAUCGCCAGGUCCAUAACCAAAGAUCCUUGUGGCAUCACUACGCUAAAAAGAAUUGGAACCGGAAUGGUACUAGCAACUCUCACUAUGGUGGUUGCAGCUAUGGUUGAGGUAAAGCGGCUCAAGACUGCAAAAGAACACGGACUUAUAGACCAACCGAAAACAACCAUUCCAAUGUCGAUAUGGUGGUUAAUCCCUCAGUAUAUGUUGCUAGGUUUGGCUGACGUACUCACUUUAGUGGGAAUGCAAGAGUUCUUCUACAGCCAAGUCCCCACGGAGCUGAGAAGUAUCGGUCUCUCACUUUACUUAAGCGCGUUGGGCGUGGGAAGCUUAUUGAGCAGCUUACUCAUCUCUCUUAUCGACUUGGCCACUGGAGGAGACGCCGGAAACAGCUGGUUCAAUAGUAAUCUGAACAGAGCCCAUCUCGAUUACUUCUACUUGUUACUUGCAGUUAUUAGCGCGAUCGGGUUCUCUGCUUUCUUGUUCAUUUCUAAGUCGUAUGUCUAUCGUCGGGUGGACGGAGGAGUGUAG